UACUUAAUAUCUUAAUAUAAUUUAAGAGAGUUUCUGACCCUGAACCGGUUGUAUAUAUGUGAAUAAAAAACCUUCAAUUCUAAUCAAAAAUCUGAUUUUCCGUGACGGCUGGUGCUGCAAUUCAAUGCCCUUUUAAUAGUUUAGUUAGAGAGAUUUUAAUCAUGCUCAAAAGUCUCUUUCUUCGAGAAAUAGGCCAGAUCAGUCCUCAAACAUUUAUAACUCGUGAGUCAAUAAGGAAAACUUAUGAUCUAGAUCUAUCCUGCUAUAAGAGUUUUGCUCGAGUCCACCAUCCUUCUGUAAAUUCUCUCUCUAUCGACACUAGUGAAAAACGCUACCUUUUAUCAGGAGGAGGCGAAGGCAAAAUUGCGAUAUUUGAUUUAAUGAAUUUCCCCACUUUUCCAAGUGAUUCGAGUUCUAGCGUAGAGCUUAAACCCAUAUGUGAGGCCGCCAGAGACGCAACGAGGAAUACCCACCAGUGUGCUAUUUCUUGCGUUGUUUGGUUCCCUUUCGAUACUGGAAUUUUCAUAAGUUCGGGUUUUGAUAAGUGCAUCAAAGUUUGGGACACUAACAAAAUGCUUCCUGUUUAUGAUUUUAAGAUGGAAAGGAAAGUAAACGGGCAAGCCAUGUCUUCUUGCGCUACUUUUCAUAGUUUAAUUGCUGCCGCAACGGAUGAUCCCAACGUAAAGCUUUGUGAUCUGCAAAGCGGAACGGCUGUGCACAUAUUAAAAGGCCACAGUUCUUGCGUUUUCGACGUCAAGUGGUCUCCACGUGAUCAGUACAACCUCGUAUCGGCCGGGUAUCACCAAGUUCGCGGCUUCCACUGCUUAGGCCAAAAAAAAAAACUUGCGAUUCCUUAUUCGAACGCUUCAUCUUCACUUUAUAAACUUUUAUAUUCUUGUAACAAUUUUAUUUUAUCUUAUCUAUUAACAGUUCGGACGAGAUGAUUAUGGUUUGGGAUGUUAGAAAGACUAUAAAACCUCUUUAUUACCUGCAAAGAACAAAUACUUUUGACACAAAGAGAAUCAAAAAAGCGGUUGAAAGCGCACACGCGGGUGUCGUCACUGGACUUUGCUUUACGCCGGACGGCUUUGAGUUGUUAAGUAUUGGCUCAGAUUCAAAACUGAAAGUGUGGAACUACUAUUUAGGCACUAAUAAGUUAAUUAACUUCCCUGGCAUAAGAGCCAGGCGAGCCCGGACUUUAGCUGUUUCUCUAACAAUUCCGAGGCCUCUUGUAUAUGUUCCAUGUCACUCCACUAUAAAAGUGUACGAGGCAACUUUAAGAAAGUUUCCGUAGAUUCACACGGGUGAGCUAGUCCACGUGCUGAGGGGUCAUUACGAGACUGUCAAUGCUCUCGCGUUCCACCCAUAUCUUCCCGAAUUGUAUUCAGGAGGAGCAGACGGGAAGAUUCUGGCGUGGACGCCCACCUCCGACGAAGGAAGGAGUAUAUCCACCUCCUGUAGAGUUUUUGUAGACACUACUUGCUAUUAUUUAUUCCUCAAAGCACCGGUAACGGCAAGCAUUAGUCCUACUAAUUACGAAGAUUCGUGGAGUGGAAGUGAAGGCUCCCCUUAACCU